UUUGAACUGGUAUGUUUUCUGAGCUGAGUGAGCAAUGUUAUUUUGGUGUAUUUGUGUGUGUGCACUCUGGUAUGUGUGUGUCUGGUGUGGUAUUCUUUGAACGGUCAGUCAUGCGAGUUGGUUGACUCGCAACCUGGGGUUAAGCCACCAGGAGACUCUGCAUUCCAGCACACGACUAAGAGAUUGUUUGUUGGACUCAGUUUGGGUUGACUGAUAUUACUUAUCUUUGCAGAAAUAGCUUACAAUAACUGCUAACAACAUUUCUUGAAGGGCAGUAGAUCUCAAGUUUAAUGGAGAUUGAGGGAAUUAUGAUUAAAAUGCUGUUGUUUCAAUCUAUUGUUAAAGUGUUUCUGAAUGAACAGGAUUUAGUGAAAGUCAGACAAAACCGCAAAACCACUGUCAUAUGGGUCGGUUUUCUAACCCUGAGUGUGAUAUAUGACAGCUAUUUGGCAAUGUUUCUUCAGUGAUUCAGCAUUUAGAGUGUUGUCAUGGCUUACAUAUCAAGCAAAAUCUAUUGUCGGCUCACGAGGAGCAAAAAAAAUAACAUUAAGAAUUUUUAACUAGUUGAAUAAACUGUGGAAAAACAGAAUCACGUCAGUUAUCUUUCAAAACGCAGUUUAUCUCUAAAGAUGUUUGAGAUAAGAAUGCUAAUGCGGCUGUGUAUUCCUAAUUUCGAGAUUAUGCUGCUCUCGCGCCGUACUGCCUGGCUUUAUGACCUGUGAAAGUCCUCCUUAAAUAGGUUCACACUGGCAGCUGAGUAAUGUGGAACCAGAAGUGACUUUACCCCCAUCUGUACUGUUUUAAAAAUAAUGCUUGAGUUGGAAAGUGUAGUGAGUACAAAUCAGACAAAUGAUUCAAGGAUAACAUGCCCUCAGAAGAGCACAUGUUUUUAAAGGGUUAACAGGGCUAAUAUUACCACCCAGCUUUCAUAUUUCGGUUAGUUGUUGUUGAAGUUGUUGACAUGGGGGCUGUGAUACACUAAUAGAGCAAAAUUAAAAGUUACUGUAGUGCAGCCAAUCAGACUAUCUGUAAGCCACAUACCAUUAAAUCCAGAUGUCAUAUUGUGUUAAACAUGUGGCAAUGGAAAAGUCUCUAUUUUGCAUACUUUUGACAGCCUUACACUGCAGGUAUUUCCUAAGUGCUCAUGAGUCGCACAAACUUCACAAGAUCAAUACUUAGUUUGUUAUAAAGCCAACUGUAAAUAAUGCAUGCAAAAAGCCAUCUGGCCGGAUUAAGUGGGCAGGAUGCAAGUGCAUUUGGAAAUUCUGUAGUUUGCACGUUUGAAAGAGGUUUCAGUUGCUUUCAGUCUUCAAGGAGAAACAGGCUGAUAAAAUAAGUAGUUGCUGAGUUGAAUAAUGUGACAGUAACUGAUCUUGUCCUUAUAGUGACUAUCAUUUCAGUUCUGUUUGUGAGAUUCUCCUUAACAGUCCUUUAUUGUACAUCCUGUCUUUGCUGUCUGUUCUAAUGUCCACAUAGCUCUUCCGCUGUCUCAGUUGCGAGAUUAUCGAUCAUCGUCUGUGGUUUGAGACAUGUGCUUCCAGUGAUGGAGGUCAGCAUAAUCUGAUCUUACUCCUUAGUUUGUGCUGGGACCUCAGAAAAGCAAGGACGAGUAAAUGAUACCCACAAAAUAGGUGAGUUCCUGUUUCUCGUUCUGGAUCACUUUCAGACAAGGAAAAUAAAUAAGUCAGUACAGUGGGGAUACAUCAGCCAAGAUAACAAAUUGUAAGAAACUUCAUUAUUCUUCCAUCCAUUAUUUUCCCAUAAAUAAAUAAAAAUAAAAACAAUAGUAAUCUUUAUUUGUCUAGCGCAUUUUUUAACAAGGUUACACAGUGCUUUACAGAAAAUUCUAAUUGUUCUAAACCAGUAUAUUUCAUGCACUCUUUCAUUUUUAGUGAUAAAAAAUAUUUAUUGAUGUUUAUGAAAGCCCAUUACUGAGCCAAUCCCAAAUACAGACACAUACCACACAUCAUCUUCAUCUAAAUCACAGAUACAGCUCCAGUUUCCCUUUGUUAGCCUUACAUGGGUAGAUUUGUAGCAUGUUUGUAGCCUCAUUCUUCCUGUGGUUUCACACCUGUCCAGCUCCAGCUGUAGACCAGAUCAUGUUAGUACAUCCAACAUGUUAUGAAGGCGAUGACAGUGAUGAUAUGUGUGGUUUUAUUUAAUUCAUGACAUAGUUGCUAUCCCCUCUGCAUAUUCAUGCAUGUAUGUGUGCGUGCAGUGGCUGUACUGCUGAUUUUGAUUCCCCACUGAGACUUGUAAUGCUUUGGUCGAGGACUGCAAAUGCAUGCCUGCAGCUUGUAGCGCAGACAGGAAGAGGGAGGUGGAGGAGAAGAGACAGAGAAGAGAGAGGAGGGAGGGAGGCUGAUAAAGCAGGAAGAGGAGGAAGGGAGGUAAAGGAACACUCUUAUCGAGCUUCCCAGGGAGCCUACCAAAGGAACCUUCCCCCACACACACCAUGGCUGGCCAGCCAAUCAGAGCGCUCGCAUCCUUGACCCAUCCUCCCUCGUACAACUGCUCAUCCAUGGCUCAGCGAAGCAGAUGUGAGGUGAUGCGGGCAAAAGAAGAGAACACUGGCUUAGAGAUAUUCAUAUCAGGAUAGUGGCUUCUAGUCAGUGUGUACACCCUGCAAUUUGUGAACAGGCAUUUUAGCCUAGCAAGUGUCGUCUGUGUCACCUCUGUUUGCAACUUUCAGUUUCUGAGCCGCUCACAUUAUCGUUCCUGACUGAUUUUGGAUGUGCUGUGUGUGAGAGGAGGACUAGGGGGAUUUUAUGAGGCUUGGCGAUGAUGACAAAGCAUGCUGGACAAGUGACAGUCUGACAUCAAGACAGCGGGACAGUGAUUGAAGAGAGGCCAUGAGAGCCAGGAGAGAGGCCAGGAUGGUGUCUGCCUGUUCACCAUGCACAAACAUAAGGCCAAGCAAAAGAAGUGGAAGAAACUGAUAUGGAAGCCCCAAAGCACUGCCAGUAACUCAAACAAGAGCACACCUGCCUGCUCACCGGUCCUGCGUAAACGCUCGCGCUCCCCCACACCACAGAGCCAGGAGGGUGAGAAUAUGGUCGAGAAGGGUUCAGACCACUCCUCUGACAAAUCCCCCUCCACGCCUGAGCAGGUUGUCCAGAGAACGUACUCCCUGCAGUCAGCGAGAAGUGGGGCAAAGAAUUCAAAGUAUGACAGACUAAACCUGAUUAAAAAAAGCCAAAGCUGGUACAACCAUGAAAGGCAACACAUCCUGAGAGUGCUGAGCCCGACAUACAAGCAGCGCAAUGAGGACUUUAGGAAACUCUUCAAGCAGCUCCCUGACACAGAGAGACUCAUUGUGGACUACUCCUGUGCUCUUCAGCGGGACAUCCUCCUGCAGGGACGACUCUACCUCUCUGAGAACUGGAUCUGUUUUUAUAGCAACAUUUUCCGCUGGGAAACACUGUUGACAGUGCGACUAAAGGACAUCUGCUCAAUGACAAAAGAGAAGACUGCCCGCCUCAUUCCCAAUGCCAUCCAGGUCUGCACGGACACUGAGAAGCACUUUUUCACCUCAUUUGGAGCCAGGGACAGGACCUACAUGAUGAUGUUCAGGCUGUGGCAGAACGCGCUGCUAGACAAGCCCCUGUGCCCCAAAGAACUGUGGCACUUUGUUCAUCAGUGCUACGGCAACGAGCUCGGCCUAACCAGUGACGACGAGGACUACGUUCCGCCUGAUGACGACUUCAACACCAUGGGGUUCAGUGAAGAGAUUCCCAAUGAGGAGAAUGAGAUCAACAAUGACAACUUGUCAAAAAGCAGCGCUGAGGCCAAGCCUGAGGGGAGCCCCCCUCUGCUACACAAGAAAGUCGUCCCAAACAGCACCAUCCCCAGCCCAGGCAACCAUGACACACCUAUAACAUUUGACCUCCCAGCAGAAGAGUAUGCUGACUUCCUACCAGACGGCGAGCUGCUUGCUGUGCCACUGGUGGCGGAAGAGAAGAACAAUGAUAACAGCGGGCCUGGUGGUCCCGUCCCCUCCCCCUCUCUGGACUUCAAUGACAACGAAGACAUCCCCACUGAGCUCAGUGACUCCUCAGAAACACACGACGAGGGUGAAGUACAGGCCUUCCAUGAAGAUCUGAACGGCAAACAGCACAUCAAUGAGGUCUACAAGUUCAGUGUGGACAAGCUCUAUGACAUCCUCUUCACAGAGUCGCAGUUCAUGAGUGACUUCAUGGAACAGAGACGAAUCUCAGAUGUGGUGUACCACCCCUGGAAGAAGGAGGAGGCUGGCAACCAGACCAGAGAGAUCAUGUACACCAUCUCGUUGUCCAACCCUUUAGCCCCCAAAACAUCCACAGUCAGUGAGACACAGACUCUGUACAAAGUCAGUCAGGAGAGUGAGUGCUACAUCAUCGACGCAGAGGUCAUCACACAUGACGUGCCCUAUCAUGAUUACUUCUACACUCUUAACCACUACAUGCUCACCAGGGUGGCCAAGAACAAGUGUCGGUUACGGGUAUCAACAGAGCUGCGCUACAGGAAACAGCCCUGGGGUCUGGUGAAGGGCUUCAUAGAGAGAAACUUCUGGAGCGGGAUAGAAGACAACUUCCGCCAUCUGGAGUUGGCGCUGUCCAAGUUGGAGGAAAUUCUGACAGAGUCCCACCAGCUGUCUCCAAAGGCCAAAGUGGUGAAAAACUCGAGGCGGAAGAAGAGGCCACUCCCGCACAUGCGCAGCCAGCACCUGGAUGAGGCGCUCAGCCCGGUUACCACGCCGACCGAUGAGGAAGUGAUUCAGAGGAUCAAACAAGUGGCAGGCUCCACACAAACCAGACACCAGAGUCCAGAACACCAUCAACUGCCGGGCGGCCUGGCUUUCUACAGCGUCUCCAAACUGCUGCUCAUCAUCAGCUUUGUUUUGGUUCUGCUGGUGUUCCUCAACAUGAUGCUCUUCUACAAGCUGUGGAUGCUGGAGUAUUCUGCACAGUCCUUAACCACCUGGCAAGGUCUGCGGCUUCAUGAAAGCAAACUGCCUCAAACACAGAUGGAAUGGGCGCAGCUCCUGGAGGCGCAGCAGCGUUACCAUGAUGCCGAGCUGCAGAAGUGGAGGGAGAUUAUCAAGUCAUCUGUAGUGCUGCUAGACCAGAUGAAAGAUUCUUUAUUGAAUCUCCAGCGAGGCAUUGGGUUAAGGGACUACAGCUCUGAGGCUGAAGAGAAGAGAAGUCGCUAUCACUGACACCCCACCAGAAGGCCACAAGGGCAUUCUGUGCAAUAUAGGACCUGUUAUGUUUGUGAACCAGUAUGCAGGCAGCAGCAAGUCGGAGUCGGGGGAGGCGAGACCAACAGUGAGCUGGUCCAGCAGACACAAAGAGAGGAACAGUCGUGUCCAGCGCACAGAGGUUAAAACCCCCAGGAGGAGGCCCCUGCCACACACAGUAACUGAGGUGUCUCCAACAUCACUGAGGCACAGUGGGAAGAUGCGAGACUUCCUUCUUUUCUACACGUGUGGGAUAACCGUUUCCUUCUACUCUUAUUUCCAAGUGCAUCCUACUGUAGGCCAUGUCGACCAGGCAGCGGCAGAGAGAGAGAGAGAUGGAGAACUACUGCAUGCAUUUAGACAACCUAGCUCCCCUCAGUCAGUGUUAAUGUGGUCCAGUCUAUGUGUGUCAAAAAAAAAGAAGAGCAGAAGAUGAAGAGAUGCAGUCCAAGAAAGGGGGUCCUUUUAAGCCUUAACGGCUUUCUGUGCUCUCUAGACUGUUCCAAACCAACUGUCCCCCAAGAAGUCCUCACUGCAGUGUCCCUUCAGUAGACCUCCAUGUACAGUAUCGUCCCAUCACCAGAAACAAAAAAAGACGUGUUGUAGGUGGGAUCUCAGCUUCACCGAUCAGUCCCUAUUGCCUUGUUUGAACCUGGGUGCGUGGUCUCUGUCGGGGCUGGUUCCCCGUCAGACCGAUGUGCUGAAAUAUUUAUUGAGGAAAAUUUCAAGACUGAUGAGACCUAAGCCUGUACUUCUAUCCUUGUACAUGUUUCACCUCAUCAGUUGGCCCUUCCACAGUGUUAGCUACCUUUCAUGGCAUUAUUCCUCCACCUUCUAAUGUAGUAGAAUGUAUGAGUCUGGACAAAACGGCCAGACUUUGCUCACAACUUGUUCAUCUUCAAAAGAAGGGAUGCUGCAGCCAGACUGAUAGGGAGGCCUGAGUUCUUACUUGUUUUAUUACUAAACUGUGAUUAUUUCUCUUUAAAAAGGUUUCAAAUUAGAAAGAAUUCUAUGAAUAUAUUUGAAAUAUAUAAGAAUAUUUCAUUAUUUAAUAUAUAUAUUUCAAAAUAUAUAAACAUCACCUAUAUUUAUUGUUAAUUUAUGUACAUAAAGAAAUUAUCAGAGUUCUAGGUCAGUUAAAGAAUUUCUAACAAAAAGUGUUUUCUUCUAAAAAUGCAUGCCAGAUAUGUCUGUGACAUGUCCAGUGUGCAAAUAUGAUUCUGCAUUCGCGCGAUUAUAUUCGCGUGCGUGUGAGUGUGUGUGCGUGUGCGUGUGUGUGUGUGAAUGCAUGCGUGUGCACACAAGUUUGUGCUGUAAAGUGUGACAUUUUUACCAUUCCACACUUGUAUGUUUCUUAUGUUUUUUUCUUUCCUGGCUCCCGCAGCCAGACUGCCUUUUUUUUAAUGCUAAUGCAUUGCAUUAGCCCCACCAGGGUACAGUUUACAAUUGAAGAGUUUGGUUCCAAGAUGACAUAUCCAACAUGUGAAAACAAAGUUAUGCCUACAUUUACGAGAUGAUUGAUUGCUUAAACUAUCAAUUAACGCCACAUGCUAAGUAGCUUAAAUCUGUGGCUGACAAAGGGACAAAGAAUCACUCCAUCAUCUAAAGUUUUAACUGACUGAAUGAUGAACUUGAUUUUUCCUUUGGAUAUAUAACAUUUUGGAGAUGAACCCUUCAUCUGCCCUCUGUGAGCAACUCUUUGUCCAUGUCAACACAGUAGCGGCUUGACAAGUCUGAAAGGACUAGUGUGACAUUUUGGGAAAUGGUACUUGUUUGCUUCCAUGUUUAAAGUGAGAUGAGAGGAUUAAUACCACUCUCCUGAGGGUGCCAUCAAUCUUCUGUCUCUCAGCAAGAAAGCACAUAAGCACAAUUCCCAAAAUGUCAGCCUGUUCCUUUAAAAUCCAUCUACUCUGACCCAUAAUGUACUCUCCCUUCCCCCAUUUUCAAGUGUCUGUCUUGGAUGCAAUGAAAGCAUGAGAAUUAACCGUAUGCAACUAAAUUGAACCAAAAGAAAGAAGUAGAAAUGUACCUUCACAAAUGAUCAUAUUGUUUUAAAUGAAGUAUUUAUCAUGUAUGUCAUGUAUUAUAUAUAUACUGGAUUGGGUGCGGUAAAGAGCAUCUCUUAGGAGUUUGUCAGCAGACACCCCUGACAUCUGACAGACUUCAGCAAUGAAAGCACUUCCAAAAAUAAAAAAAAAAUCUUCCUUGUGUUUAAAAAAGAGAAAGUGAAGCACUUUAAGACCUUUUCAGGUAGACGAAUGAAAGAAAGACAUGGCAGCGAGUUAGUUUGGAGCCAAAUGCAGGGCUGAAGAAAAUGUUUUUGUGCUGUAUGCUCAUUUGUCAGUGGUGAUGUACAGCUUCCAAACUCAUUAGAAAUAACUGGGUUUUAAUCCUGCUGGUUUGCUACCGCUCAAAAAUACUUACUUCCCCCUGAAUACAGUAUUUGUGCUUUCUUGUUCUGAAAAUGAUUACAUGUGGAUCUCUUUCAGUGUGUCAUCCCAAAGCCCAAUCUAAGACUGACACGUUUUUGAGGGCAAGGCGAGAAUGAAUGAUUUGUAUGAGGGAAAAGGUGUCUUUACUGUGUGCCUGCGGGGCGUGUUGCUGACUGACAGCUUGAAACUACUGCAGAAAAGCUUCAGGAUUGGACUCCUGCUGUGUGUGUGUGUGUGUGUGUGUGUGUGUGUGUGUGUGUGUGUGUGCGUGCGUGCAUGUGUGCGUGUGCACGUACAUUAUAUUUGAAGAAGGCAGAGAGUAAUGAUGGAAUGAACAGAGGGUAACCUUAAAGACCUGAAUGUGACUGGUUGGAAAUGUUUUCUGUUUUAUAGAAAUCACUUUCACAAUCCUGACAACACUGAAAGAUUCAAGUGAUGUUGAAGCUUCAUGUGUAUGACGGUACAGAAAUGUCAUAUAUAUGAAAAUGUGAGUGAAAUGCUUUAAAGAGUUUGUUUUUCAAAGUGUAUGAUGAAAUUGAUUUUUCUUUUUCAGAUGCUUGAAUUUUUUCUUCCUUUCUUUUUUUUUCUUUUUUUUUUUUUUUUUUGUAGAUUACAAACCUUCUCAUCAAACCUCCUUUUGAACCAGAUGUGAUAAAUGAUAAAUGCUUGAUUAAGUUGGUUUGGCUCCCCAACUUUGGUUUUAUUGUCCCCUGAUUUUCAGUAUUGAGAAACUGAAAUCUUGUGUGAACUCUUGGAAAACACACAUCCUCCUUGGUCCAAAUUAAAUAUUCACUCUGACCUCCAAGGAGCUGUCACAGCAGACCUGAGUUUAAUUUCCUCAAUGAUUCAAAUUAAGUCAUCAUUCUGUUCUUCAAAACUUCUUCUCACUGGUAUUAACAAAUUGAACUUAUGCAAAUCUCUCACAGAUAACAGCUGUUUAUUUGUUUUGUUCUUUCUUUCUUUCUGUCUGUCUUUCUUUCCUUUCUGGUGUGCACUCUCACAGUUAUCUGCAUUACAGAAAUGA